AUGGGUGAUAAUACUGAACGACCAAUAGUUUAUGCUUCAAGAUCCCUUACAAAAACUGAAAAACAUUAUUCUCAGAUAGAUAAGGAAGCAUUGGCUUUAGUAUGGGGUGUGAAGAAAUUCCAUGCUUACAUAUUUGCACGACAUUUCACCCUGCGAACAGAUCAUAAACCAUUGACAGUAAUUUUCAGUCCAACCAAGGCUAUACCAGCAACGACUGCUGCUCGACUCCAACGAUAUGCACCGUUCCUUUCAGAAUUUGACUACGAGAUUGAACACCGUAAUUCAACACAGCUUUGUAAUGCAGAUGGAUUGUCUCGUCUACCUCUAGCAACAACUGAAGACGAAGAAAAUCAGUCUGUUGACCCGGUUGAGGCAUUUCAUGUUUCACAGUUCAGCAUGUUGCCUGUCACUUGCCAGCAUGUACGCAAAGCAACCCAACGAGAUUCUACCCUCGCUCAAGUGUAUGAGCAUGUCAUGAAAGGCUGGCAUGAAAAUAAAGACCCCAACCUGCAACCGUUUUAUUCUCGAAGAAACGAACUAACUGUGCACCAAGGAUGUAUUAUGUGGGGGAGCAGAGUUGUCAUUCCCACAAAGUUACUGUACGAAGCGAAGUACUUCAAGUAUUACACGCUGUAUACAUGUGAAAUGUUUGAAAAUUCUCAGUAUAAAUACAAGUAUAUAGUAUUCAAAAUUCAAAUCAAAAAGAUCAAAAUCAAUGGAAUUAUUGAAAUAAUAAUGACAAUAUAUUCAGAAGAUAUAACGAGAAAAUUACCAAAAUAUGUAGACCUCUGA